ACCACAUUCAGGAUGAUGGUCACAGUAUUGCUUGCCGUUUUAGGGGUCUGGAGCUGUGGUGUUGUCAAUGGUCAGGAUGUGAAUAUAACGGCAUACAAAGCAAGAACCUUCAGCUUAAUUGCUCUGCCAAAGGUGUUUGGAGAUACUUCAACAGAGGCUGCAUAUGAUGCUACGCUUGAGUUCUAUAAAGCUGGCUGCGUGGAAUGUGUCGGCCGCCACAGCACGACUUACGCCCACCCCAACGCUUGCAACAUGUUCAUCCAAUGUGUCAGCUUCCCCAACCUCGUCUUCAUCUACGGCCACACCUGUGGACUUGGCCAAGUGUAUGACGAGUCACAGAGCAUCUGUGUGAACCAGUACAACAUGGACGCCUGCAGCAGAGUGGGACAUCCCUGUGACCUUGAACAGAGGAUACCAAUGGAUACCGUGAGUUGCGGCCCCUACCAGGUCUGUGAGAACGGUCUGUACGAGACGAGGUACUGUUCAACCGGCCUUGGAUUCAACCUCAUGACUGGGGUGUGCGACAUCCAGUGCCCCCCUGUACAAGACCAAGAAGUGUUGAAUGAGACAUGCUCUGCUGUGGAAGACAACAGGUACUAUCAGUCUUUUAAAUGGGUGAAAAUCACAAGGGGUGGAGUUGACGUGAUCCAACCCGAGAACACAACCGUACCCUGCGCAGCUUCCCUUCGUCAUCAGGACCCAACAAAGUGUGGAUGUGACUUCUACAAUGUAACCAAUGUAUGCCAGAACAUAACAUCAGUGCACCUCUCUUCAUCCGACAACUCCUGGACACUUGCACUGAACAAGGCCGCCAUCGGCGUCUCCAGCUCCAUCCAAGGAAACGGCACUGUUGCCAACAGCAGCAGCGACUUUCCCGACUCAGCCUACUUUAUGGGUCGUCGUACCUUCGCUGCCCCUGGUAUCACCGGAAAUGACCUUGGUCUCAGAUUCACCUUCAGUUUUAACUUCCUGUAUAUCCCGGAUCCAAACAACGUCCAAAGCAACUCCCAAGUAUACGCUCUGGCCGAUAACAGCAUUUGUGACAUCGAGCCAACCUACGGGUGUAAGCUGAGUAUGACCAGUCCGGCCAGAGGGAGCGUCAUCUGCUACGUCAAACCCAAGAACCAUACUGAGCUUCACGCUCAAGGACAAGUAGAUGACGUGGAUCUGUCCGGAAGGGUCAGUGUGUACUUCGCCAAGGACGAUGACAAGGGUCUUCUGAGAGUAAAUGACAAUACAAGGCCGGAGCAGGUUGUGCCCAUUGAUUUCCCCCCAGGUGUCCGGGCUGCGGGCAAUUCAUGUCCUCUGAGUAUCGCUGCUGGUACAAAUAAGACUUAUUUCUCCGGCUACAUGGAUGAUAUGUACUUGAUCAAGCUCUGUAACCCUUUCCUGUAAGAGGGUAAUCCGCUUGCAACAAUCAUCGCCUGAUACAACCAGCCGUUCCGGCGGCACAUGGCGCACAAUGGCGACAACUGGCCAUUCCAUUGUUGACAGACAACAAUCUGUUGUUAUUGCGUCACAAUCUUAGAUGUAUCUACAGGCAAUCGUGUGACACAGCUGUGUUAUCGUUCUUCAUGUUAUAGAUCACUGUAAACAUUUGAAAUCUGAAUUAAUAAACACCUGCAUGUGUU